AUGGACAACAAGUCGAAAACCUAUUUUUGUGUUCGGAAAACAUUUUCCGGGGGCAUAAGACGGUUCAGCCUCAAGUCGUAUUAUAAUAGAAGGUCAAAAGCACCUAUUAAACAACUCGAAAACGGUAUCAAAGCUGAUUUUUCGGGGUACAAGCAGUGCGUCUUGGUUAUCAAUAAUCUAAGAUGGGAUCGCCAGAAAUGGAAGGGACCCGAUCAUUUCGAAAAGAAUCAGAACCAUUUCUGUAUUAGCAAUGUCGUGGGAUUGAAAGAAGUUGCCGGAGAUUACCUGCUUUUAGCCAAAGCAACAUCUGCAAUCAAAGGCUCCAAGCUCGGGAUCAACCAUGGUUGA